AUGACUCAUCCAUGGCCAAAACAUCCUAUCGCCACUCGAAAGUCAGCUGCUGCAAGGAUUGUUGGGAAGAAGGUUAAUGCACUUCUUCGUAUCAAUACAGAUGUGGAUCCUCAGGUUCAUCCUUAUGUUGCCACCGGUAACAAGAACUCCAAAUUUGGUAUCAGAAAUGAGAAGUUGCAAUGGUUUCUAGAUGUUGUGAAGGCAUAUUCUAAUGAAUCGAAGCUUGUGGGGGCCCAUUGUCAUAUUGGUUCUACCAUUACCAAGGUAGACAUUUUCAAAGAUGCUGCGGUAAUAAUGGUGACCUACGUUGACCAAAUUCGAGCCCAAGGCUUUGAAAUUGAUUACUUUAACAUAGGAGGUGGUCUGGGGAUUGAUUAUUAUCAUACUGGAGCCAUCCUUCCCACCCCUAGAGAUCUUAUUGACACUCUAGUCUUAUUCUGCACUACCUUCAUGCAGCUAGCCUUAUUCUGCACUACCUUUGUAGGGGAGAGUUCCUUGAUAUAUCAAGGACAUCUACUAACUUUUGUGAUUUCUGGAGCAUUAACAGAAGUGCUUAUAUGGCUAUUGAAUUCUUGCCUCCUAAUGGGGUUUGAUAUUAAGAAAAUCAGCAGCAUUGGUACUUUGGACCAUGUGAAGGUCAGAGAGCUGGUGCUUUCACGUAAUCUCAAUCUCAUCAUGAACCUGGGAGAUCACUUAUUGCAAAUACUUGCUCACAUAGAGCUGGUUUCUCCUUCACAACCUGAUGAUGAGAUUUCUACUUUUGAUGUUGUGGGUCCG